AAAAAAUGAAACACUGUCGGGAUGUUAAUCGGACUUGGAACAUAAAGCCCAUCUAGAGUGUUUUCGCUCUCUCGGUCAUGUUACAAUGACGUGGCAUGCUGAGUCAGCAUCGCCAAAGACGGUGCGUGCAUGCACAAAGAGCGAAGUACAGUUAUUAUACACAGAAACUCGAAACAGCCAAAAGGCUCAGAAACCGAAGAGUCUCUUUGGUUGUCAAAGUUGGGUGUAUAAAAAGGGAACGAUCGAGUUGGUAGUUGGAACGAUUCAGUGAAAGAUACCAUCUUUGAGACUAAAGCAAUGAAUCACGGCGAAGGUUGGAGUUCUGGUGGCCGUUGGGGCCCUAGGGGCCGCUCUCAGGGGUCUUGGCAAAGACCAAACCGUCCAAAAAGCGAAAGUCCGGUUAUGGUUGAUAGGUCUUUGGAUGAAUCUUCUGGUAAUAGGGGUCGUCGGGGGUUUCAAGGAGGAGGAGGAAGGUGUAGACAAUCAUGGUCUCCUAGAAACAAUAGUCCAGUGCAAGUGUACGUUAAGAAGUCAUUACAGGUUUCCGAUGUGGGAAAAGCAGCUCAACAAGAAACAAAGUGCCAAGAGGAUGGAAGAGGUUCUGCUGAUGAAGAUGCAGCUUUCAAUUGUUGGGGAGAUAACAAGGAUGUUUUGCAGCCAUCUGCUUUGUCUAGCUCGAAGAACAUAAAUCUUAGUGGAGGUUUGUCCGUCUCUAGAGAAAGUGAGGAUAUGAAUGGCGGUAGGAUGUCCUAUGAUCUAGUGAAUAGGAUGGGAGAUGUUUCGUUCUCUCGCCAGGUGUCUGUGUCUUCUUCUACAAGUGAUAAGAAGGUUGAGCUUUCUAGUAUUGAGGAGGGUGAUAGCGCUCACAAGUCUGGUGAUGUAGGGAACGCUUGUAAUGAAAGCAUUAGUAAACCUUUUGAUAUCUGCCUCGAGAAGGAGGGGUUUUGUCUAAAAGCCGGCUUAAAGGAACUGAACGCAGAAAAGAGGAGAGCAACUACUAAGGGGUGCACUGGGACUGUUAUUAGACCUGGAAUGAUACUACUCAAGAACUUCUUGUCAAUCAACGAUCAAGUGACGAUUGUGAAGAAAUGCCGGGAACUCGGUUUGGGUAAAGGAGGCUUCUAUCAACCAGGUUAUCGAGAUGGAGCGUCAUUGCACUUGAAAAUGAUGUGCCUUGGGAAAAACUGGGACCCUCAAACAUCUCGAUAUGGUGAUACUCGACCGCAUGAUGGUUCUAUUCCACCAAAUAUUCCUUUUGAGUUCAACCAGUUUGUUCAGAAAGCAAUCAAAGACUCACAGUCCCUUGUUGCUUCAAGCUCAAAUAAGACGAAACCAGAAGAUGAGAUACCAUGUAUGUCACCAGACAUCUGUAUUGCUAACUUCUACACAUCCACAGGGAAACUUGGUCUGCAUCAGGACAAAGAUGAGAGUGCAAAGUCCAUUCAGAAGGGCUUGCCUGUUGUAUCAUUUUCUAUUGGAGAUUCAGCCGAGUUCGUGUAUAGUGAUCAGAGGUCUGAUGACAACGCAGAGAUGGUAGUCUUGCAAUCUGGUGAUGUUCUACUAUUUGGUGGCAAGUCUAGAAAGGUCUUUCAUGGCGUCAGAUCAAUUCUCAAAGAUACUGCCCCCAAGGUUCUUGUUCAGGAAACAGACCUCCGACGACCAGGUCGUCUGAAUUUGACUUUUAGGCAGUACUAAGCCCAAAGCUAGAACUCUUGUAUGCAUCUUGAACCUGUUUGGGAGUGUCUAAACAUGUACAAGUUGUAGGUUCAUAAGCUGCAGAUUUCUAUGCACUUCUUAUGUGUUAUUUCACAAUGUUUUGGCAACAAUAUAACUAUUCAUUAUCUC